UUUGAAUUUAUCCAAUGAUCCUUGCAGGAAGUAUUUGCUUCUAUUGUAACUUCUCUCUCUGCCAAUACACAAUAGCCCAUAGGAGAUGAAAAUUGGAGCUUUUGAUCACCAUGUAUGGCCAAUUAUUUGCAGCACCUUGUUGCUCAUGGUUUUUCUAGCAAAGUUCCUGCGGAAAAAAGUUAAGAAGAAUGUGAAGAAUAGGAAGUUUCAGUUACCUCCAGGAAGAAGAGGCUGGCCAAUAAUUGGUGAUAGCAUCAAAUGGUACAAUGCAGUUGCAAGUUCUCAUCCCCCUCAGUUUGUUGAAGAGCAGGUUCAAAGGUAUGGAAAAAUAUUCUCAUGUUAUCUAUUUGGAAAAAGGGCAGUGGUAUCAGCAGAUCCGAAAUUUAACCGGUUUGUGAUGCAAAAUGAAGGCAAACUAUUCCAGUCAAGUUAUCCAAAAUCUUUCCGAGAUUUGGUAGGGAAGAAUGGGGUAAUCACUGCACAAGGAGAGCAACAGAAGAAGCUGCACUCAAUAGCAUCUAACAUGAUGCGCUUGGAGAAACUCAAGUUCCAUUUCUUGCAGGACAUACAGAGAGUCAUAAAUCAAACCUUCAACAACUUGCAUGAUAAUCAAGUCAUUUGUCUCCAGGAUAUUUGCAGGAAGGUAGCCAUUAAUUUGAUGGUCAAUCAACUUCUUGGAGUAUCCAAUGAUUCAGAAGUCAAUGAGAUGGCUCAGUUGUUCUCUGAUUUUGUGGAUGGCUGUCUUUCAAUUCCAAUCAAUCUUCCAGGCUUUGCUUACCAUAUUGCUAUGAAGGCAAGGGAAAGUAUAAUAAGCAAAAUUAACAAGACAAUAGAGACUCAUAGGCAGCAACCUUCUUCAGGAGUUGGUAAUGGUGUGCUCCAGAGAAUACUAGAGGAAGAAAGCUUACCUGAUGAUGCAGUUGCUGACUUCAUAAUCAAUCUUUUAUUUGCGGGAAAUGAGACAACAGCCAAAACCAUGCUAUUUGCUGUUUAUUUUCUUAGUCAAUGUCCCAUGGCCAUGAGACAACUCCUGGUUGAACAAGAACGGCUGAAGACUGCAAGAAACAACUUUGGUGGAGAAAUGAUGCUUACAUGGCAAGAUUAUAAAGCAAUGCCCUUUACUCAAUGUGUAAUAGACGAAACUCUUCGGUUGGGAGGAAUUGCAAUUUGGUUGAUGAGAGAAGCCAAAGAAGAUAUUCGUUACCAAGAUUAUGAUAUUCCCAAAAGAUGCUUUGUCGUUCCAUUUCUCUCUGCAGUCCAUUUAAAUGAAACAGUUUAUGAAGAAGCUCUUAAUUUCAAACCUUGGAGAUGGAUGAUUCCAGAAAAUCAGGAAAAGAGGAAUUGGAGAAACAGUGCACUUUUUGCUCCCUUCGGUGGAGGCGCUCGCUUUUGUCCUGGCGCUGAAUUGGCUCGCCUUCAAAUAGCACUCUUUCUUCAUUACUUCAUCACUACAUUUAGGUGGAAUCAACUCAAGGAGGAUAGAAUGUCUUUCUUCCCAUCAGCUCGGUUGGUAAAUGGAUUUCAAAUUCAGUUGAGGAGAAUACCGGAUGAUGACAGAAAAUGAAUAAAAGGCCUUUUUUAAGCCUUUUUUAAGCAACAAUUUACGUUUCUACAUGUUUUAUAUUGCUUUGUUGUUUAUAUUGUCUGUAAAUGGUCUUGUAUCCUGACUUCUCUGCACCAUGAUGAAGUGUGGACCAUGGAGGGAAUUCCAAUUCAAAGAGUAAUAAUAAUAUUGUGAGUACAAAAAGGACAUCAAAUUGGCCUACUGUGCUAUCAUAAAUCUUAUGCAAUAAGAUUAAGCACAUUCCAUAACUAUCAGUAGUCUGGGUUCCUCCUAGGGAGAGCAGAAAUGAUAAACCACUAAAAGAAAACAAGAAGAGCUUGAUAAAAUAAGAUGGAGAGUCAAAAAAUCAUUAAAGUAAACAAAAAGUAAAUAGAGAAACAAGGACACAUAUCAAGGCAUAUAAACAAGCACACGGCAGAAGGAAGUAAUCUGCACAUAAAAGAGGAAGUUGAUAGAACUGCCCUGAUAUGCAAACACUGGACUGUCUGUUUUUAAGAUUCUGGAAACAAACUAAGCAGUGGAAAUAUCAUCCCAUUGGUGUCUUCUGGUGACAAUGUAAAAGAUCAGAACUGUUUCCCAACUUCUUCUAAAAUCAAAAUAUUUGGAAGGAUGACAAGGUCAUUAAUUUACUGGGAAGUAUUUGGUGCAACGACAAAUUCAUAUGAACUGAAAUGAAAAAUAAAGAAGUUAUAAAGGGAAGCAUUGUUUGGUUUUAGGAACUACUGAGAAAAUGCAAGUUGCCUGAAAAAAAAAGUUUUCUGGUUCACCUUAAUGGUAGUUUUAUUGCAUUGGUUGGCAGUAGAAAGAAACACACAGAAUUAAUCUGUAAUUUGGAUGAAGCACGAGAAUGAUUGUUGAAACGCUUGGUUGACCAUGCCACACGUCCAGAUCCAGAAAAUAUGUUGACAAAAUCAGGACCAAUGCUGACUUUUUUCAGGGCCCAACAAUCUCAGA